UCUUUCCAAACAUUUCAUAUCCGAGACGUCACACCUCACGCUGCCUAUUACAGUACAAAUGUGCCGAUAUUCCGGUCGUUACGUUUACGUUCCUGUGGCUUGCUCGCCGCCCCUGGUUGCGUUUGGGUGAGGGGGUCGGCUCGCGGCUACCUACCGCAGCUCCGCUAUGGCGUCGGUGUACAACCGAGGCUCCCUUACACUGAGCAAGGAUGACGUGAACUAUAGAAUGCAUUUCCGAAUGAUAAACGAGCAGCAGGUUGAGGACAUAACAAUAGAGUUCUUCUACCGGCCCCACACCAUCACGCUGUUGACGGGCACGGUGCUGUGUUUGAUGUACUUCGCCUUCGCGAGAGAUGAUGGAAAUCCUGACAAUAAUCUUUGGGUGGGUUUGAUUCUGGUGAUCUCCUUCUUCCUUGUUAUCAGCGUUUUGGCGUUUCCUAACGGUCCUUUCACUAGACCUCAUCCAGCAAUAUGGAGAAUAGUCUUUGGUCUGAGUGUGCUGUACUUCCUCUUUCUGGUUUUCAUCAUCUUCCUGAACUGGCAGCAGGUUAAACAGUUAAUGUACUGGCUGGAUCCUAACCUGCGCUACGCCAAAAGAGAGGCAGACAUAAUGGAGUAUGCAGUCAACUGCCAUGUCAUUACCUGGGAGAGAAUUCUCAGCCAUUUUGACAUCUUUGCAUUCAGUCAUUUCUGGGGUUGGGGCAUGAAGGCCCUCCUCAUCAGAAGUUACGGCCUUUGCUGGACCAUCAGUAUUACAUGGGAGCUCACAGAGCUCUUCUUCAUGCAUCUGCUGCCCAACUUUGCCGAGUGCUGGUGGGACCAGGUGAUUCUGGACAUCCUCUUGUGUAACGGUGGGGGCAUCUGGCUGGGCAUGACGGUGUGCCGCUUUCUGGAGAUGAGGACAUACCACUGGGCUAGUAUUAAAGACAUUCACACCACCACAGGCAAGAUAAAACGUGCGGUUUUACAGUUCACACCGGCAAGUUGGACCUACGUGCGCUGGCUGGAUCCUAAAUCCUCCCUGCAGCGAGUGAUGGGCGUUUAUCUCUUCAUGAUCAUCUGGCAGCUGACAGAGUUGAACACAUUUUUCCUCAAGCACAUAUUUGUCUUUCCUGCAAGCCACCCCCUCAGCUGGUGUCGGAUCCUGUUUGUCGGCAUUAUCACGGCGCCGACAGUCAGGCAGUAUUAUGCAUACCUCACAGACACCCAGUGUAAAAGAGUUGGGACGCAGUGUUGGGUGUUUGGGGCCAUAGCCUUUCUGGAGGCGCUGGCGUGUAUCAAAUUUGGACAGGACUUGUUUUCCAAAACACAGAUCCUCUAUGUGAUCCUCUGGCUGCUGUGUUUGGCCUUCAUUACAUUCCUGUGCCUGUAUGGGAUGGUGUCAUAUGCAGAGAACUAUGGUCCAAGAGAAAAGCUCUUCUCAGAAUGUGAGGACACCAAUUAUACUGAGUUUGCUGACAAUGGGUCAGAAGAACCUCGAGAGGAGACGUGUAUGGAUGGUGACUGCUCACAAAUUCGACAUAGAGGAAAGGGUUCGGAAAACCUCAACUCCGUUACUGGUCCGGAGGGUCAAUAGGAAGCAGAAGGAGUUUCUAAACUCACCCAAAAAGGUUCUGGUGGGGGCAUUAAAAUAUGACAUGACUAUUGGUAGCCCUCAGGAGUCACCAACUGAUCACUAACUGGUCAAUGCAGUGGGGUUGGUGCACUGCACCCAUAACGUGCUUCUCUUGUAAAGGCUCCUUUACUUAACACUGUUGACAGGUAUGUGUGCUCGUGUGAAAAGGCGAGAUGGUGAAAAAUAACUGCCAACUGUAGAUUUAACUGCAUGCUCUGUGUAGCAGAUCAUUUACAGACAAAACUGCUAUCAUUCAUUUGAGCUCCAAACAUUUCACUACUUUAAAGCGGCCGUGUAGAAUUGAUCAUAUUCAUUUGAGCCCCUGUGUGUAUGGCACACACGUGUUCAAGUUUUUAUUAAUAAUAGCGCUACGUUACGUUAUCCGUUUACAAUGUUGCGCCGUGUACGUUGGCGCUGUUGGUGACUAUGACUUGAAUGCGGGCGGGGCUUCCACAGUCUGGAACAAAAUAAGCACACGGCUAACUGAGGUUUGCCUUGAAGAACUGCACAUUUGCCAUAGUUGUGUGUCAUGCGAUUUGUUUUCAGUGAUUUUACUCCUUGCCUAUUCUUGGCAGCUUUUUUUUUUUUUUUUUUUU